AUGCCUUUUUCGUCAAGAAUAAUUGAAAGUUUCAAGCUGCCAAAAGCUCGAAUUAGCAUAGCUGUUGAGAGUCAGGCAGAAAAUGUUGUAAAACAGAUCAUGAGAGCUGAACAAAAGAAUGGUACAGUGACCGUUGUAGAAGUGUAUCCUGGAUAUGGUUUAUUGACCAAGGCACUCUUAAAAUCAACGAAUCCGAGUAUACGAAAAGUGUACGCAUUUGAACCGGAGAAAAAGUGUGAGUCUGAGCUAACUGAGUUAUCAAAAGAAUUCAAUGGACGGCUAGACUUUUCUAUUGAAAACGUAUCUCGAGAAAAAGCAUUGCAGAAGAUCGGGGAGAAACUCGAUAAUGAGGGUGUUGUACCAACUUAUCCUUGGGAGGAAAGCCAAAUACCACUACCAACCAAAUCUGAUAACUAUGUGUUAUCACUAUUAUUGCGAGCAUUAACUUCCCGAUUGAGUUUCUUCGCAUUUGGGCGAGUAGAAAUGAAUUUGCUUCUUCCGGAUCCUUUACUCAGAAGAGUAUAUACUGAUGAAGUUGAUACAUCGCGAAGGGUUCUUGAUUUGUGCAUUCAGGCGUUUGCGGAAACUAAAGUAUUAAUGGUAGUGCCGCAAGAAGAUGUUGCGCCAAAGUCCAAAAAAUCCACCGAAAAGAAAAAUCAAUUAUCCCUUGUCAGAAUAACGCCAUUGGCUACACCGAAAAUUGAAUCAUCAAUGUAUAACACAUACAAGUAUAUCUUAAGUAAUCUUUUUCAUGUACCGACCCAACCAUUAAAGCAACGCAUAAGAAGUAUAGCAUGCGGCGCGGAAAAUCUACUACCAAAACUGUCCUUUAACACAAAAAUUGCAGCUGGCAGAAUGACGGUGGACCAAGUGUGUGAGUUGACGAGAGUAUUUGAAGAGUGGCCUUUUCGUCCGAAGCUUGAAGAGUUGAUUCAUGUGUAUGAUGAAGAAUUCGAGAAAAAACGACGACGAUGA